AAUCAUUAUAAAAUAUCUCAGUCGUACGUACAGCUCACCCUUUUUAAGCCCCUCUUAUCCUCCAAACCAAACACACGCCUAACUCCUCCUAACGAUAACUCCAUAACUGCUCACCGGUAACCACCAUGUACACCGCAACUACCGCCGCCGCCGCCGGAAACUGUCUCUCAACUCCUACGCUCGACGCCGAAUCCUCAAACCUCCUCCAAACAAUCUCAUCCCACGGCGGCUAUGCCUACGUCAGAAUGUCAACACUCGCCGCCUCCGGCGACUUCAGAGCGGCGGAGGCAGCGAGAGAGAUGGCGUGGGAGCAACUCCACUCCGGUCCCUGGCACUCCGUGCUUCCAGCCUGGCGUGAUGCCUACUCAAUGGCUUGCUUACACGUGGCAAAGUUUCAUUAUCGAAAUGGUGAAUUCAAAGAGUCGCUUAGGGUUUUGGAUUUGGGAUUGAUCAUGGGAGGUGUGCUGUUGAAGAAGGAUUUGGAAUCGGCUAUUGAAAUUGUGACAGCGAAAUCGAGAGAAAAGGAAAGUGAGGGUUUUGAGAAAGGACCAAAGUGUAAAUUUGUUGAAGAAGGGGAUGAGUUUGAUAAAGAGGAGGUGCUUCGUGUUUUACCAGAGAAGUCCUUGUCUACUAAGAUUGUGGCGAAGAAAUCUGGUCUAUCUUUAGAGGGAUUUUUGCGUGAACAUUUUCUAUCUGGGUCUCCAGUUAUAAUUAGUGAUUGUAUGGCUCAUUGGCCUGCCAGGACAAAGUGGAAUGAUAUGGAUUACUUGAAAAAGGUUGCUGGUGACCGCACAGUUCCAGUUGAGGUUGGGAAAAACUAUCUAUGCCAAGAGUGGAAGCAAGAGCUUAUAACAUUUUCUGAGUUUCUUGAGAAGAUUCAGUCCAAUGACUCUUCUUCUGCAAUCCCUACAUAUCUUGCACAGCAUCAAUUAUUUGAUCAGAUUAAUGAGUUACGGAAAGACAUUUGCAUUCCUGACUACUGCUGUGCUGGUGGUGGGGAGCUUAGGUCUCUUAAUGCUUGGUUUGGUCCAGCUGGGACUGUGACCCCACUGCACCAUGAUCCGCACCAUAAUAUACUUGCUCAGGUUGUUGGCAAAAAGUAUGUAAGGCUCUACACCUCUUCAGUGUCAGAGGAACUUUAUCCAUACAAUGAGACUAUGCUUUGCAAUUCAAGCCAGGUCGACCUAGACAACAUGGAUGACGGACAAUUUCCAAAGGUGCAUGACCUAGAAUUCUUGGACUGCAUAUUAGAGGAAGGUGAAAUGCUUUACAUCCCGCCAAAAUGGUGGCACUAUGUCCGAUCUCUAACAAUCAGUUUUUCAGUUAGCUUUUGGUGGAGCAACUCUGAAAGUUCAGAUGCAUCGUGACCGUGUACUGCUUUCAUGCUUGAGAUUUGUUCUUUUUUAUCGAUAGAACUGGGGUUAGUGCUAAAGUCUUAAUUAAUUAGCACAUUCUUAUACGAACAUGCAUACAAUAGUACUAUAUGCGAAAAUGGAGACAUCAUGCCUUGUAAUUCAGGAUGUACUCACUGUUAGAGGAGGAGCAUUAACAUUAUCUAGUGUGUCCGAGUUAGCAAAAAAGAGAAGCGAGUCCCCUUGCUUCUACACAGUCGGAUAUUAAUCAAUUACUAUGCCAUUUGCUGGCACUAUGUCGUGUCUCUCUUAUGAUAUGCUGGAGUUUAUUGCCAA